CCCUAAAUUAUGAAAUAAUCCACACCAGCUUGUGCCCUAGCUGAUCACAAUUCACAACCAAGUGUGCUAUCUCCCUCCUCACCCAGCAUAGCUUACCUACAUUACCAUUACCUUCUCUCCUUCCUCCACAUUUCUCCCUAGCUCCCUCCCUUCCUCGCCAUCUCCGUCCACGCCACCAUGUCCACCACCACCACCACCACUACUGUCAAAGAACCCGACAAUGCCGACGCCCCACCGUCGCCGUCGCCGUCGACGCCGCCCAAGAAGGUGAUGUACGAGCUCGCUGCCAGGAAUAUUUACUAUGCGAAGCCGGCGGCGGCGGUGGCGACCACGACGUCGCUGGCGCGGUUCCUGAUGAAGCCCUGCGGGGCGGCGCAGCCGGCGCCGGAUUAUAUCCUCCGGGACGUGUCGCUCACGGCGCGGCCCGGGGAGAUCCUGGCCGUCGUGGGGCCCAGCGGAGCCGGAAAGUCCACUCUGCUCGACAUCCUCGCCGCGCGGACGGCGCCGACGCACGGGAGGCUGCUCCUCAACUCGGCGCCGCUCCGGUCGUCGUCGUUCCGGCGGCUGUCCGCCCACGUGCCGCAGAUGGACGUCGCGCUGUCGCUUCUCACCGUCGCCGAGACGUUCGCCUUCGCGGCGUCGCUGCUGUACCCGGCGUCGGAGGCGUCGGCCGCGGUCACCGCUCUGCUCGCGGAUCUCCGGCUCGGGCACGCGACGCACACAAGGGUCUCCGCCACUCGGCUCUCUGGCGGCGAGCGGCGGCGAGUGUCCAUCGGGCUUGCCCUCCUCCGGAACCCCGGGAUUCUCCUCCUCGACGAACCCACCUCCGGCCUCGACUCCUCCUCCGCGAACGUCGUCGUUGGCUGCCUGCGCGCCGUCGCGGCCGCCCGCGGCACGACGGUCGUGCUCUCCAUCCACCAGCCGAGCUCGCGCAUCCUCUCCUCCGUGGACUCCCUCCUCCUCCUCUCCCGCGGCGCCGUCCUGCACCACGGCUCAGUCGAUUCCCUCGACGCCGCCCUCCUCUCCAACGGCCUCGCCGUGCCGGCGCAGCUCAACCCCCUGGAGUUCGCUCUCGAGGUGCUCGACCAGCUGCCCUACCCGUCCGCCUCCUCCCCUGAGCCCAAGACGCCGGAGGAGUUCGCCACCGUCACAUCCUCGAAUCGACACAAGGAUGCGCCUUCUUCGUCGUCGUCUACCUCGCCUUGCUCGAGGCUACACGAGGUGGUGGUCCUGUACAAGCGGGCAUGGAAGGUGGUGUACCGAAGCAAGCAGCUGCUGCUGACCAACUUCCUAGAGUCGGUGCUCGUCGGGACACUUCUCGGGACCAUCUACAUCAACGCCGGCUACGGCGAGGCCGGCGCGCACAAGCGGCUGGGGCUGUUCGCCUUCACGCUCACCUUCCUCCUAACUUCCACCACCGAGACGCUGCCGACUUUCGUGUCGGAGCGUCCAAUCGUGCUGGCGGAGACGGCGUCGGGCCUCUACCGGCUGUCGUCGCACGCGACGGCGGCGACUCUGGUGUUCCUCCCGUACCUCCUGGCGGUGGCGCUGCUCUACUCCGGCUGCGUCUACUUCCUCGUCGGGCUCUGCGCGUCGCCGGUGGCCUUCGCGGCGUUCGUGCUGGUGGUCUGGGCGGUGGUGCUGACGGCCAACUCGCUCGUCCUAUUCGUCAGCUCGUUCGCGCCAGACUACAUCGCGGGGAUGUCGCUGGUCUCGGUGUCCCUCGCCGGCUUCUUCCUCUUCUCCGGCUACUUCCUGUCGCGGGGGAGCAUGCCGUCCUACUGGGUGUUCAUGCACUACGUCUCCCCCUACAAGUACGCCCUCGACGCCCUCCUCGCCAACGAGUACACCUGCGCGGCCAGCCGCUGCUUCGGCGUCUCCGGCGCCGACGGCGAGUGCUCGGAGACCGGCCGCGACGUGCUGGCCGAGAAGGGGCUCACGGCGGAGGAGCGGUGGACGGGGGUGCAGGUGCUGUUCGGCUUCUUCCUCCUCUACAGAGUUCUCUACUGGGUGGUGCUCAGCCGGCGAGCGGCCAGGGCCAAGAGGUGAUACAAAUACCCCCAUCACUUCGAUCGAGCUCCGGCGAGCCGCCGGCGUGCGAGCGGCGGCGGCGACCGUACGUACGUGCGUGUGAACGCGUGCAUGGAGACGAAGUGGGGCCCAUGCAUGCAUGACCACCGGCGGUCCGGUCGUCGGUUGCGUUGGUGGGUUAAUUAACUGGUAAUUAAGUCCUGCUACUAUACUGAUAAGUGAUGGUGUAUAUUUGUGAACAUAAAAAAAACGAGGCUUUUUAUAUGUGUAAUGAAUGGUUGAUAGUGCGAUCUUGACCUGAAAUCACGAUCGAAUUUAGAUAAGUUUUGGCCGUCGUCUCGUCCAUUUGAUUUGAUUUGACCGGUCAGGAGAUAGAAAAACAAGUACGUGUUGAAUAUAUAUAUAUAUAUCACUGGAAAUUAAUAGUUGUGGGAUUGUCCAUUAAUUGAGU